UCUAUAUUAUAAGAAUACACUAGAUCUCUCUCUUACUCUCUCUUUCAAUCUUGGUCUCAUUUAUAGUAUUUAUAACCUUUGUCUCUGCUCAUCUUUCACACAACCCCAUCAUCAUCACUUCAAGGAGAAAGAAGAGAAGAAAAGCAGAUCCAAGGUGGUUAUAAUCUAUCAGUCAAAUCAGUCAAUCAUAUCAAAGUAGUAGGAAGAGUAUCAAGUGUGUGUGCUUGUCAAAGUUUAGCAGAACCAAAAAAGCCAAGAAGAAAGAAGAAAAAAUGUCAUCCUCUUCUGCCUUUUCUCUGGACCACCUAUCUCCUUCCGAGCAGCUCUGUUAUGUCCAUUGCAACCUCUGUGAUACAGUUCUUGCGGUGAGCGUUCCUUGUAGCAGUUUGUACAAGACAGUUACGGUUAGAUGCGGUCACUGCACCAAUCUUCUCUCUGUCAAUAUGCGUGGGUUGCUUCUACCUGCUGCAUCUAAUCAACUUCACCUUGGCCAUGCCUUCUUCCCUCCACCACCACCUCCUCCUCCUACUCAUCACAAUCUCAUGGAAGAGAUCUCAAACCUACAACCACCUAACUUGUUGAUGGAUCAACAACAACACAACCCUAACUAUAACGAAUCAACAAUUCCAAGAGGGGGAAUUUAUCAGGAUGAUCUCCCUAGGCAGCCCGUUGCUAACAAACCUCCGGAGAAGAGACAGAGAGUCCCCUCCGCAUACAACCGUUUCAUCAAGGACGAGAUCCAACGAAUCAAAGCUGGGAAUCCAGAUAUAACUCAUAGACAAGCGUUCAGUGCCGCUGCAAAGAAUUGGGCACAUUUCCCACACAUUCAUUUUGGUCUCAUGCCAGACCAAACUGCUGGAAAGAAAAAUAACGUGCGCCAGCAGGAAGGAGAGGAUGUUCCAUUCAAAGAUGGGUUCUUCACUGCAGCUAAUAAUAACCAGCAGCUGGGAGUCUCUCCCUACUAAGAAAACGGCAAAACGGCAUCAUCAAUCACUAUGUAUCUAGCAAGGGUUAAUUUCUGUAUUUGUUUUCGUUUUCAUCUUGUCCCUUCUGUUGAGAACUAUUAACAAGUCUUUCUUUAGUUUCCUUAGGUUUUUCUGGUUUUCCUAGAGAGGGUGGAAGAGGAUCUUUUAAGUCAUGGUGUCUCUGUAACUGUUACUUAUUUCCCCUCAUGAACCCAUCAGCAAAUCUGCAAAUGAUCGAGGACUAAUUGACUUUGUGUAUUUUCAACCUUAAUUAUUAGUUCCGGCUGUUGCUUAAGUUUAUGUCAA